CCAAGCGGGAAGCGGAGUGUGCGUGUGAGACAGAAGACAGUCGCGGCCCAGUCCGGCUCCGGCUCCUGCUUGGCGCCCUUUGCCACUCUCACGCCCUGCCCUGGCCUGCCCACUCCCGCCCCGGGCUGGCCUCCUGCCCCAGAAGCGGGUUGCGCAGGGAGACUCUGCCUAGGCCCAGAGACAGCACUCUGGAGUUGGGAACAGCUGGUGUAGCCCAGUGGGGAGGAGAGCCUGGCUGGGAAUCCAUAGUCGUGAAUAAUGGAGUUUGAUGAAGAAGUGAAUGAAAAUUUGAAAAUGCAGUUUAAGGCUCUCCAGGAGCAGCAGCAGAAAAGGAUGCAAAGUCUGAUGGAGAAGAAGAAAGAAAAGCAGCAGAGCCUGAAAGAAAGUGACAAGGGCUGCCAAGAUGAGGCCUUUGGAGUCCACGAUGAUCUCAGCUUAUCCACCUUGGACAGUGAGAUGUCAAAGGAGGACAUUGGCAAAAGGCUACUUGAAAAUGAAAAUGAACAGCUCCAGCACCAGCUUCGAGAGAUCGUAGAUGAAAAUGGCAGGCUGUACAAACUGCUGAAGGAACGAGACUUUGAAAUCAAGAAACUCCAUAAGAAGAUAGAGGAGGAGAGACUGGCCCUAAUGGGGGCAUCUGGCAUAACAGGAGACAUUGCAGCAACUAAAAUAGUCGAAUUGGCAAAACAGAACCGACACAUGACUGCUGAGAUUGAAAAGGAAAAAACCAAAGUGAAACAGCUGAAGAACAGAAUCAAGGAGCUGGAAAAAGAAUUACAAAUGUCAGCUGUCAAGCUCCAGUCGCUUGGAGACAAAGGUAGCCAGCCUGCUCAUAAAGGGACAGAAGCACCUUUGAGCCCAGAGAUGAAAGCCUUGCAAGAAAAACUAACAGCAGCCAGCUUCAAAAUGUCUGAAUAUCGCAACCAGCUCCAGACCAUGAAGCAGGAGCUGAAGAUGACGCAGAAGCUUUUAGCAAAUGAAGUUGGAGAGGAUGUCAACAUUCAAAAUCUGUUGUCCACCCCUGGCACCUGGCGUGGGCGGGCUCAGCAGAUUCUCGUCCUACAAGGCAAAGUCCGGGAGCUUGAGAACCAGUUAGGCCACAACAGAAGCAGGCUGUCUGAAAGCACUGCCGAUGAAGACGUUUUAAGUUUUACAGACUCAAGGAAGAGAUCUGCCCAAGAGAAGAACUUGCAGCGGAUUCGAAGCUUGGAAAAAGAAAAGAAAGAAGGCCUGGAGAAACUUACCGGUGAACAUAAUACCCUCCAGAAGGAUCACGAAGAUCUGAAGAAGAAGCUUGAUGGAUCCAAAUCUCGGAACAAAGUAUUGUCUAACGAAGUAAAAACGCUAAAAGAACAAAUCUCAACCCUGCUGGACAAAGGAAAGCACGAUGAUGAACUCAUUGAUGCUUUAUUGAGCCAGCAGAAGGAAAUGCAAAUCAUCUUGAAGAACCUGAGCCAGCAGGACGAGAGGAACAAGGAAUGCCACCAGCACCUGGGGAUGCAGCUGAACACUGAGGUCCAGAAGCAAAACUGCCUCAUAGAACAGCUCAAGCAGAUGGUGGCCGAGCGAGAAGCCAGGGUGAGGGAACUGGAGGAGAAGGUCAGCCAGCUCACCCUGCAGCACCAUCUCCAUCGAAAAGAGGGAAGCAGUUCUGACUCUAUUUCCACGCUAUCUACUGAGUCUUUAGAAGAAGAGAAUUAUACUUCAUCAUCCAGGAGAGAUGACCUCAUUGGAAGUAAUGGUUCUGCACGGAUGGUGUCCAAGAUGGGACACACCCUUGUGGAUUCUGUGGCUACUUCAUUUCCAACCGCUGUCUCUCCUGGGAGGAUUGUUGAUCCCGAUGACCCAGACAUGAAAGCCCUGAAGAUCCAGAUCACAGAGUACAAAGCUCUUUGCCAAGCUGCUGAAGUUGAAAGGGACAGGCUGAUAGAACUGGUCAACAUCCUGCAGAAAAGGGUGGAUGACAGCACGACUAAGACCUGGGAAGCAGAGAAGAAGCUUCAAGAACAGGAGCGCAGGUGUGUCAUUCUAGAGCAGCAGUUUGAAAAACUGAAAAUGGAGUCUGGGAAGAAUUCUGGCAUUCCGAAAACCCUCUCAAAGAGCAAAGCAGCUCAGCCGCUCAGCAGCACCAGGCUGAGCUGGAAUGCAGGCGACAGGAAAGAUCUUCCCUCAGCACAGCUCUCGGAGGUGCCCCUGGCGUCCCAGAUAGAAGAACUGUCCACGAGGCUCGCAAUCCAAACGGAUGAGAACGAAGGCCUGAAAAGUGCUUUGCAGGACAUUGUGAAGACCAAAGAGGAAGACUUCCGGGUUUACCAGGAGACUGUGGGUCAGGUGAAGGAGAUCUUCCUGCAAGCUCUGAGACAGCAGAAGCAGGACAGGAACUAAGCCAGGCCCUUUAAAGUGCCAUACGGAGGGACGUGGGGGAGGUCAUUAGGGAAUUCCAGGGUGCUUGGGAUCUCCUGGUUUGCAUAUUGGCAGGUUUGUCCCCCCCAAAUGAUAUUUAUUUAAACACUUGCAGGAGUGAGUGAGAAAUAGACCUGCUCUUGAUCCUGUUGAAGGUGCUGAUGUUGUAGCAAACUCUUGCCAACAAGAGAAAAUGAGAGGUUAGCUCUUCUCAUCCAUAAGGAUGUACAUGUAGUGGUAUUUGGUGGAACUCUAGGCCUACUCUCUUUUAGCAUGAGUUCUGGAAUCUGUAUCAGCUGCGCUUAACAAUUCACCUGUGUAGAAAAUAGCUGGAGCACCUUUAUGGGCCUGCAAUGCUGCUCUGUUUAACUCUGUAAAUACAGGACAUUUUUAUCACUCUUUGCAAAGCCAUAACAAGAUAAAACGGUAACUUAUUUUCUCAAAA